ACAUAAAAACCGAUAAAAAUCAUUAUUUUGUUGGUAUGUUUGAGUUUCCACAGAAAUAAACCAGUGUGACAAUUUAAUUUAGUACAAUUAGACAUUUACUCUUUUACUGCUAUUAUUGCCGUUUCUACACUUUACAAGAUUUUUCACUAUUGCUUAUUAGUUUGGCGACAGUGCUACCCCCAGUUCCAGCUGUCAGCUGUCUGGGAUAAACGACCGUUGGGCAUCUAACUAAUAUUCUCCAUUUUCGGUCCAAUUCAUCGUCGAAUUUUGCGGGAAAAUCAGUGCACUCUCAUUUAGUGGCAAUCGCUCUGCCAUUUCUUCAGCCUGAUACUCAACAUGGCCACAUUCAGAAUCCACGAAGAUCAGGAAAACCGUGGAAGUAAGCUGGGGGAUCUACGCGUGGAUAAUGGAGGGAAUCAGAAACGAACCGUUUUGGGAGUGUUGGCCGACAACAAAAGGGUAAACGGAAAGGAAAAUAAGGAAAAACAGCCAUUUGCGCCCACAAACCUUAAGGGAUUAAAUAACGCUCAAAACAAAGAAAACAAAUGGGAGAACAGCAAAAAAGAAAACAAUCGUAAAAAUAUCGUAAAUCCGAUAAUUCCAGUUGCCCAAUUCGAAGCAUUCAAAGUUUACGAAGAUGCAGCUUAUGAGUCAAAACUUGAAAAGUUUGAAGAGCGAGUUAGGGCCAGAAGUACAUCUAAUGUAUACAAAGGCACUGCAGAAGAUCGUUUUGUCACUAAAAGAGAGGUGGCUGAAAUGGAAAGAAAGGGUCUCAUUCCAAAACAGGUUCCGAAGCGUGAGCUCAGCCCGAUUCCAAGUCCCAUGAGCCUUGAGAAAGACUAUGAUGAAAAUAACUAUAGCGAAGAACUUCUUAAGAAAAACCUUCUGGAUGAUAACUUUUACAAUGUGGAGGAAUAUAUCGUCGAUAUCUACCGAUAUUUGAGAGAACACGAACUUCGUAAUCGCGCGAAGCCCACUUACAUGAAGAAACAGCCGGAUGUUACCGCGUCAAUGAGAUCCAUUCUCGUCGAUUGGUUGGUUGAAGUAGCCGAAGAGUACAAACUCCACACCGAAACCCUCUACUUAUCAGUCAAUUACGUAGAUCGUUUUCUCAGUUACAUGUCUGUAGUCAGAGGCAAGUUGCAGCUUGUGGGAACAGCAGCAAUGUUUUUAGCGUCAAAAUAUGAAGAAGUCUAUCCUCCAGAUAUUAGCGAAUUUGUUUACAUCACCGAUGACACAUACACUAAAAGACAAGUUAUUCGAAUGGAAUAUCUUAUCGUAAAAGUACUGGGAUUCGAUCUGUCGGUGCCCACUCCGUUUGCACUGAUCACUGCGAUGUGUACCAUGAAUAAUAUUUCUGAAAAACCCAAAUUCUUGGCAAUGUACCUUUGUGAGCUCUCUAUGCUUGAAGGGGAAACGUACCUCUGUUUCUUGCCUAGUCAACUCUCUGCCAGUGCAAUUGCCAUCGCCCACCACACUUUGGAACUUCCAAUGUGGCCCACGGAAAUCGCCGAAGGUAUCGGUUACCAACUAUCUGAGCUGCAAGAAUGUAUGAGUUUCUUAUACAAAGUUUUCGUUAAGGCUCCAAAUCAUCCGCAGCACUCAAUUCAGGACAAGUACAAAUCAGCGAAAUAUCUACAAGUUUCUCAAAUAGCCGCUCCAGCAGCCGACAGUAUAAACGCUGCUUUGGGAGAGGAUUUGAAUCUGAACCUGUCGGAGAAGAGUGACUCGUAAGGUCUCACAUCAGCUAUUAAUAAAAUAAUAUUGUUUCCUUAAAUUUCUCGUGUUGAUCUGCUUUUGAUACUUACUUGACUAAACGGAACUAGACAAGUGCCUUGCAGUGACAGUAGCAACUCGAAUUAAUUUGUGCUUAGCCAACUGUUAAUUACAAUUUUUAAUACAAUAUCAUUUAUAGCAGAUGUCUUAAAUUAAAUAUCCGACAUUUCUACAACCAAUCCGCUUUAUUUCAAAUUAAUAUACAGACCUAAACAGGUGUUUAAGCACAAUUUAACAUUAGUUAACGUGUAAAUAAUAAGGAUAUUGUUAUGGACAUUGGCCAUUAGGCACCGGCGUGCCAAUUUGAGGGUUGGUGUAUUGCAAAUAUGACCUAUGUUCUUACAUUUAGGAGAAUUAGAACGGAAACAAAAUUCUCACAAAAUGUUUAUUUACUUAUCUAAGAUCAGCAAAGGUCACUAUUUUUCCAAAUUUAUUUGUCUGUAUUUGUUUUAAAUUUUUUAUCUUUUUGUCUAUACAACAGCCCGCAUUAGCUAGACAUUGUGUUUGGUAUAUAGCAACCACAAUGUCUACUUAUCGUCACUAUUAACAAUUAGUUUGUAUGAAAGACUUGAAACUAAACAAGAUAAUUAAAAAGAUCAUCGUUUCAACGAUUGAGUUAGUUGAGCGUUACCUUGAUGAUCUUGAAUUACUGGGAAGUAUAUUUAAUUUUCUGUUUUUCAAAAUCUUACGGGUUAAUCAGUCUCAUGCGUCUUAUUUUAAAUGUUCAUUAUUUGCUCAAUCUUCUCACGGUCGUUUCUCUUGGCGCUAGUGUCUGUUAAUAAUAUUCACUAAUUCAAUUAUUGUGAUAGUUUUUUGAACCCCCCGUAUUGGUUUUAAUAUAUAUAAUAAAACGUAUUGAUCCUGAGUAAAUACUUAAUGACAGAUUAACUUAGAUGACAUGAAAUUGUACAGUCGCCUUAUUUAUAAUUUAUUUUUUAUAUACUUCUUUGGGCAUCACAUUGUAUUGUUUUAGUUUUUAAGGAAUUUUUAAUAUUUUUUUUGCCAUUAUUUGAGCCCCAGUAUAAAUAAGUAAAUUAGAAAAUAUUUUACCAUGCAUACCUUGCAGAUGCUGGCAUGCCCACAUGAGCCAUAUUCUUGUAAAGAAUUUAGUAAAUACAUUUUUUAUAUUUGA